CUAAAGUGCAAUAUCUACUGCAGUGUGACGAAGCAGCAAUGCAACUCCGAGUGGAAAAGCAACUACAGGAUUACAAGGAGCAGAUAUCAGUCAGUGCCCUGUUUUACAAAUAGCACAAGCAGCAGGCCUCACAUUUCCACAAAGAUGAUGCUACGUGCGUCUCAGAAGAAAAUGCAGUAUCCUUCCAUGGCCACGAGGAGCAGAAGCUUCUAUAUUUUGAGACGGCAAACUAGGGGCAGAUGGUGGCUUUUAUUUUUCCUUGUAAGCAUGCAUGUACAAGCUGCCGGGGAGUUUGAGAGAGGCGGAACUGUUGUGAUUGCUUGUGUUUCUGUUUAGCGGAGUUAUUUGGGAGCUGCACUGAAAACCGAUCUUCGGUCGUAGACGUAGACUCGCAGGGGGCAUAAUGGCUGGCUCCGGAGGAGACGUCAAGCCGGUGAUCCUGAAGCACCGACGUACUGCGCUCGAGCGAGUCGAAAAGUUUAUCUCCGAGAUUUACUUUACGGACUGCAACCUUCGGGGCAGGUUGUUUGGCUAUAUCUGUCCAGUGACAUCUCUUUCUUGCUUUAAAACUCCUCAACGAAUCCCAUAUGAUGAAGCUAUCAGACAAGAAUUCACACCUAUAAAAGUUGGAGACUGUUGUGGAAGCACGUGGCAUACCUGCUGGUUUAAAAUAGAGCUCAGCAUCCCCAGAGAAUGGGCAGGAAAGGAAGUGCACCUUUUUUGGGAAAGUGAAGGAGAGGGAAUGGUUUGGAGGGAUGGCCAACCUGUUCAGGGCUUGACUCAAGAAGGUGAGAAGACCUGCUACAUUCUGACAGACAGUCUGAAGGAGACAGAUCCUCACAGCCUGACCCUGUACGUCGAGGUUGCUUGCAAUGGUCUCUUUGGCGCUGGGAAAGGCAGCAUGAUCGCACCCCCUGACCCAGACAAGACGUUUGCCGUGCGCAAGGCAGAGCUGGUGGUCUUCAACAGGGAUGUCCAUGAGCUUUUGGUUGACUUUGAGAUCCUUCUGGACAUGGCUAAGUUUCUUGGGGAGGAAAACCAACGGAGCUUCCAGGCACUUUACGUAGCCAAUGAGAUGGUGAACCUGUGUGAUGUCACCAACCUGUCGACUUUCCCCGCAGUUCAUGAUCUUGCCUGUUCUGUCUUCAGUCAGAAGAACGGAGAGAGCCAGCAUGUGAUCCAUGCAAUGGGCCACUGUCACAUUGAUUCUGCUUGGCUGUGGCCUUAUGAGGAGACGAUCCGUAAAUGUGCGCGUAGCUGGGUGACUGUCAUACAGCUGAUGGAGAAGAACCCAGAGUUCACCUUUGUCUGCUCACAGGCCCAGCAGUUUGAAUGGGUGAAGAACUGGUAUCCUGGGCUGUAUGCUAAGAUUCAAGACUUUGCAAAGGGAGGGCGCUUCAUACCUGUUGGGGGCACUUGGGUGGAAAUGGAUGGCAACCUUCCCAGUGGAGAGUCCAUGGUUCGUCAAUUCCUUCAGGGUCAGCGAUUCUUCCAGCAGGAGUUUGGGAAGCUCUGCUCUGAGUUCUGGUUGCCAGACACAUUUGGCUACUCGGCACAGCUGCCUCAGGUGAUGCGUGGAUGUGGGAUACGGCGCUUUCUAACCCAGAAGCUUAGCUGGAGCCUUGUGAACACCUUCCCGCACAACACCUUCUUCUGGGAAGGCAUUGAUGGGUCCAAGGUUCUAGCCCAUUUCCCACCUGCAGAUUCCUAUGGGCUGGCUGGCCGUGUGGAGGAGAUGUUAAAAACCAUGAAGAAUAAUAGGGACAAGGGCCGUGUGAACCACAGUGCUGCUCUUUUUGGCUUUGGAGAUGGGGGAGGUGGCCCAACACAGAAGAUGCUGGACAGGCUCAAGAGAAUGAAGGAUACGGAUGGCUUACCCAGGAUUCAGAUGUCCACUCCUGACCAGUUUUUUUCGGCCCUGGAAAAGACAAAGGACCAGCUGUGUACCUGGGUAGGGGAACUGUUUCUGGAGCUGCAUAAUGGAACAUACACCACCCACGGACAGAUUAAAAAGGGGAAUCGGGAAUGUGAACGCCUGCUCCAUGACGUUGAGGUGCUGAGUAGCUUUGCUUUGUCAAAGAGAAGUUCCUUCCAGUACCCUUUGGCUAAGCUGCAACAUCUCUGGAGGCUGCUGCUCCUGAACCAGUUCCAUGAUGUGCUGCCAGGUAGCUGUAUCCAGCUGGUAGCCGAAGAUGCCAUGCGAUACUAUGCAGAAAUUUGCAGUGCUGGCGCUCUUUUGCUGAAAGAUGCUGUGCAGUCCCUCUUUGGAGACCUGAUGGCCAGUGGUCUGACAAGUAAAAGCAUCCUUGUUGUCAAUACGUUGCCAUGGGAACGGACGGAAGUUGUCUCCAAAAUGAGUCCUGGAGGAACAGAGACUUUAGCUUUGGUGACGGUUCCCAGCAUGGGUUUCUGUGUCGUCCAAGAUCUAUUAACUCCUCUACAUCCCGUGACAGUGACCAAAGAGACUGAUGGUUCUGUUACCAUGCAAAAUGGAAUCCUCCAAGUCAACUUGGAUCCUAUGGGACGUGUGACCUCACUUUGCUUGACGCAUUCCAAGAGAGAGUCCAUUCCUGAAGGUUGCCCUGCUAACCAGUUUGUGAUAUUUGAUGACAUUCCAUUGUACUGGGAUGCCUGGGACGUCAUGGAUUAUCACCUAGAAACCAGGAAACCCAUCACGCAUCUCCUUAAACCCCUAGAAGUUGUGCUGCUGGGGGCACUACGAGGCAGUGUGAAAUUCUCCCUGCAAAUCGGUGGGAAGAGCGUGCUCACCCAAGAGGUUAUCCUGGAAGCGAUGAGCCCAUGCAUCCGCUUCCAGACUCAGGUUGACUGGAAUGAAGCCCACAAGUUUCUCAAGGUGGAAUUUCCAGUGAUGGUUCGGAGUCCAGUGGCAACCUAUGAAAUUCAGUUUGGCCACUUGCAGAGGCCAACUCACUGGAACACGUCCUGGGACUGGGCACGCUUUGAGGUGUGGAGCCACAAAUGGAUGGAUUUCUCUGAGCAUGGCUUUGGGGUUGCGCUGCUGAACGACUGCAAGUAUGGCUGCUCCGUCCACGGCAACGUGAUGAGCCUUUCCCUGUUAAGAGCGCCAAAGUCCCCCGAUGCCACGGCAGACAUUGGACGCCAUCAGUUUACCUAUGCAGUGAUGCCUCAUCUGGAUUCCUUCCAGGAGGCAGGCGUGAUCCAGCAAGCGUAUAACUUGAACUUCCCUCUCCACACGGUGCCGAACAUCUUGGGGCAACAUCCAUCCUGGAGCGGGUUCUCUGUGUCGUCCCCGGCUGCUGUUUUGGAGACUGUGAAGCGGGCUGAAGACAGGGAAGAUGCGCUGGUUGUCAGACUAUACGAGUCGCACGGCAGUACUGUGGUCGCCUGGCUCCAAACGUGCCUCCCAGUCCAAGAGGCGGUCAUGUGUGACCUCCUGGAGCGGCCGGAUCCUAGCCGCCGCCUGCCACUGGAGGAGGGCGGGGUGAGGCUUUCCUUUACCCCGUUCCAAGUCCAGUCUGUCCUGCUGAUCUUGAAACCGCAAGGCGGCAGCUGAAAUUCUGGAGCAGAACUCUGCAUCGAGGACCAGCUCACCCUCUUCUUUUGAUCACGUUGUCCACUGAGCAUUUAAGGGCCUGGGGACCUUUAAAUAUUCAAGGUGGAAACUGAAGGGGAGAUGUCUUGGUGUGCAGCAAAGGGUGCACAAAGCCUGCUGAGGAAUGUUUUACGUUGCCCCGACAAUUCUUAUGGUGUCCGAAAGAGUUAGGUACUGUACAAAAACCAGAGGCCACACAGGUAAAGAUGCAGCACUUCGUUAAGGUAGCAGCUGACAGGCAGACUUACUCCUGAGUAGCCCUAUUGAAAUUGGUAGUCCUUUAGAACAGGGCUGCACAGCUUGGGCCCUCCUGCAGAUGUUGGACUACCGCUCCCAUCAUCCCUGACUAUUUGCCAUUGCGGAUGGGGAUGAUGGGAGUUGUAGUCCAGCAGCUAAAGGGCUGAAGUUUGUUGAAACAUUCACAGCUCUGAAACCCCUGGAACCAGAGAGCCCUUCAGGCGGUAAAAGGACGACUGAGGGCUAGAUCGGUGCUGCCUCAAAUAUUUUAGAAAGUAAACAGAUGAUUCAACUCGAUUAAGGAUUAAUUACAUGCAAUAAAAUCUUAAAUCUA